AAUGGCAAGAGAACGAUGGAAGGAUGAUAUCGCAUACGCGAUGACCCCUUUCAAAAUAAUUACGUGGCCUAUCGGCAUAUGGCCAUUUCAAAUUUAUAAUAUUUAUUCGCUGUUGCGUAGUGCCUUAGGCACAUGUUGUGCGAGCCUAAUUGUGAUCUUGCCUUCCAUGGAACUUCAUAUGGGCUGUACUGAUGUAGAACAGAAUAUAACAUGUUUAACAAUAAUAUGUUGUGGGUUGCUCGGUAUGCUGAAGAUGGGAUGGUUCCGCAUUUAUGCAAAAAAUUUAAUUGAUAAUUACAACUCAGCUCUAAACGAUUAUUUGACGAUUAAGAACACAAAGGAGCGCGACAUCAUGAGAACACAUGCCUUUAUAGGAAGGUUUCUAUGCUGUUCCAUGUUGGGUUUUAGUUAUUUUGGUUGCGUAAUAUAUGGGGUAACUCCUUUCUUUUACAAUCCAGAUAAUCGCAUUAACAUAACGAAUAGAGAUACGAUAUUGAAAUAUCCAAUUCCAUCGAGAUGCGUUUUGGAAUAUUUCAAUGUUCCAACGGGCAUGUAUAAAAUCUCCUGUCUCGUCCAAGCUGUUAUAUUAACUAUAGCAGCUACAGCAAAUUUUGGUAACGACGGGUUGUUUCUCAACAUUACAUUGCAUGUUUGCGGUCAAAUAAACAUUCUGAGGAUCCAUUUUAUCAAUUUUGAUGUCUCAAGUCCGCAAAUCUACGAUCGCUUUAACGCAUUAAUUCUAAGACACCAAAACCUAAUAACGCUGGCCAGAGAACUUGCCGAUCUGAUCAGUUUCGUAUUGCUCAUAGAAUUAUUCAUUAUCAGCAUAUUAUUAUGCAUAACGGGAUUUCAAUUUAUAUUCGCGUUAAAAGUUAAUAACACUGUAAUGAUAGGAAAGAGUUUAAUGGCAUUGAGUCUCUUUCUGAUACAACUAACAUUGUAUAGUUUUAUCGGGAAUUAUCUGAAAUCUGAAAUGGAAGAGAUAGGACUCUCUAUUUAUCAAAGUGCAUGGUAUAGUUUCCCUAAAAAAUUGACAAGAAACGUAAUUUUCAUUCUUAUGCAGACAAAAUCCCCAGUCAUGUUGCAGGCUGGAAAUUACAUUGUAAUCAAUUUGUCCACUUAUGUGAACAUUUUAAAAACCUCUUUUUCGUAUUUGUCUGUACUUCGUAUAAUAGUCGGACAAGCGGAUCAUUGGUUAUUGGCAUCAGUUAAAGUCAUUACAUCGACAAUGGCAAGAGAACGAUGGAAGGAUGAUAUCGCAUACGCGAUGACCCCUUUCAAAAUAAUUACGUGGCCUAUCGGCAUAUGGCCACUUCAAAUCCAUAAUGCUUAUUCGCUGUUGCGUAGUAUCUUAAGCACUUGUUGUGCAAGCCUAGCUGUGAUCUUGCCUUCCAUGGAACUAUAUAUGGGCUGUACUGAUGUAGACCAGAAUAUAGCAAGUCUAACAAUAAUAAGUUGUGGAUUGCUCGGUGUGCUAAAGAUGGCAUGGUUCCGCAUUUAUGCAAAAAAUUUAAUUGAUAAUUACAACUCUGCUCUUAAUGAUUAUCUAACGAUUGAGAACACAAAGGAGCGUGAUAUCAUGAGAAAACAUGCCUUUAUAGGAAGAUUUCUUUGCUGUUCUAUGUGUGGCUUUUGUUAUUUUGGUUGCGUAAUGUAUGGAAUAAUUCCGCUUUUGGAUUACGAUAAAAAUAAUCAGAUUAAAAACGAGAAUAUGAUAUUGGAAUAUGGACUGCCAUCAAGAUGCGCUCUGGAAUAUUUUAAUUUUCCAACAAGCAUGUAUGAAAUCUCCUGCUUAUUCGAAACUGUUAUAAUGAUACUAGCGGCUACAGCCAAUGUUGGUAACGACGGGUUGUUUCUCAACAUUACAUUGCAUAUUUGCGGUCAAAUAAACAUUUUGAGGAUCCAAUUUAUCAAUUUUGAUGUCACAAGCCCGCGAAUCUAUGAUCGUUUCAACGCAUUAAUUGUAAGACAUCAAAACCUAAUAACACUGGCCAGAGAACUUGCCGAUCUGAUCAGUUUCAUAUUGCUCAUAGAAUUAUUCAUUAUCAGCAUAUUAUUAUGCAUAACGGGAUUUCAACUUAUCUUCGCGUUGGAAGUCAGUAACACCGUAAUGAUAGGAAAGAGUUUAAUGGCAUUGAGUGUCUUUUUGAUACAACUAACAUUGUAUAGUUUUAUCGGGAAUUAUCUGAAAUCUGAAAUGGAAGAGAUAGGACUCUCUAUUUAUCAAAGUGCUUGGUAUAAUUUUCCUACAAAAUUGGCAAGAAACGUAAUUUUUAUUCUUAUGCAGACAAAAUCCCCAGUCAUGUUGCAGGCUGGAAAUUACAUUGUAAUCAAUUUGUCCACUUAUGUGAACAUUUUAAAAACCUCUUUUUCGUAUUUGUCUGUACUUCGUAUAAUAGUCGGAGUGUGAAGUAUAAAGUGAGAAUGAAGAAAUCUGUAAAUAUUUAAUAAGUUUAAAAUAGAAACCAUAUAAGACUUUCAAAAUAAAAUGAAGAAGUGUUUAUGUUUAGAAAUGUUUAAA